AUGGACUUCCAGCUGCACUUCCGUCCUCGUGGUCUCUGUGCAAUUAAUUACCUUCGGUCCGAGCCGCUGUACAGUCAGUGGCAGUUCCGAGAGGGACUGCAGGUCGCCGCCGAUCGUGGAGAUGUGGCGAUGGUCCAGUGGUUCUUCGAGCGCUUCUCCGGUCUGGAGGUGCCUUCGGAGGUGGUGGCGAGAGCUGCGGGCAAGGGCCAUCUGCCGGUGCUGGGUUUUCUGCUGAAGCACGACGAAGGACGUGACUGCCGGCACGAACAGGUGGGAGUGGAGCUGGAGAAGGAUUCGUGGACGGACAGCGUGCCGGUGAUGCCCAAGGACUGGAGUGGACCAGCCACGUUGUGA